AUGCAUGCCUUCCUUACCUCCUACGUGCACAUCGAUGAUUUCUCGAAGUUGCGUGACAUGAACGUGCCCCUGUUCGAGAAGUUCAUCGAUGUGAUUGGUAAGGUCUGCCUGAAGCUGGGGAUAAUAUACCUGCAGACCGGCGGAGGGCACUACGGCGACCAUCUCGGGCCAGUCGCAGUCCCACUCACCGAAAAAUUCCCGCACUACAAGGACCAUGGCCUGAACUUCUACUACAUUCAGGAGGAUGAUAUCUUGUUCCCCGGCAAAGAAUUCUUCUACGAUUCCAUCGACAACCAGUCGUACGCCCCGAGAAUUGCCGACAUGAGCGUCUGGACGGCGAUAUCGGAUCACUGUGAGAACGAGGCAUUCAACCACUGCAACGGAGAUGUCAUCGUAUGGCGCUACUUCUGGCCGAGCCUGGCAAGUACUCUGGCCUCAAGGGCCGACACCACGGCCGACGAGAUCGACCUGGUCGAGUGGCGAAGGACAGCAAGCCGGUACAGGCUCGCGUCGUCGCCAAGUACGGAGGCAAUCCGGAGACCGGUAGCCGAUAAAUCCGAAUUCGAGAAGUUCCACAGCAGUCUCCACGUGGUGACCGCUCAAGGGUCAGAGACCUGCACCGAAUGUGCCAGUGCCGAUAUGUCCGGACUGAAGAAAAUGUAUAAGAAAGUGUUCGGAGUGGUGGUUGAGGCAAACCAUCAAACUCUCAACUCUCUUGUCAUGGCAUUUCAAAACCGGAAAAACGUGGCCCUGUGGCAGGCCUGCAUCGCCUUGCUCGCCUCGACUGCAGCGUCGGCCAAUUCGACUCUGUUUGAGCGGGGAACGGUCAUCUCAUUCGACGACGCAAGCCAGAGUCUCAAGGUUCUCCGGAACACGUCGGUGCUCAUAACUGGGGAUAGGAUCGCGGCCAUUUUCGACUCCUCGCAGGAUGUCACCAUCCCCUCCGGCACCGAGAGGAUCUCUGCGGAAGACAAAAUCAUCUCGCCUGGAUUUGUCGACACGCACCGUCACGGUUGGCAGACAGCGUACAAGACGUUGGGCUCGAACACCACGCUUGCUGAGUACUUCUCGCGAUAUGGGGAGUUUACUCAGGCCUCAACCGUCUUCGGUGCCGACGAUGUGUACCUGGGCCAGCUUGUGGGAAUAUACGAGGCGCUCAACUCGGGCGUCACGUCCAUCCUCGAGCACGCCCACGCCACGUUCUCGAACGACACGUCGGCAGCGUACCUGAAGGCUUCCAUGGACAGCGGGGUGCGCAUGUGGUGGUGCUACGCCUUCCACGAGCUGUCCAAUGGCUUCUCCAUUGCGGAGCAGGUGGCCAACUUCAAGGAACUGAACCAGAACGAGCGGCUGGGCAAGAGUCUGGUCGAGAUGGGCAUGGCCUACGACGCAUUCGCGUCUGGCUCGUCCGAGGAAAUCCAGUCCAUCAUCGAUCUCGCCAAAACGUCCAACAUCUCGGCCUUCACGACGCACUUCCUCGGCGGGCCGUGGUUCGACGCCAACAGCCCGUCGCUCUUGCAGCAGCUCGACUUCCUCAACACGACGUUCCCAAUCGUCUUCUCGCACGCCAGCUACAUCAGCGCCGACGACGUGGCGCUGCUGCGGCAACACAACCACUACGUGUCGACGACGCCCGAGUCGGAGAUGCACUACGGGCACGACCACGUCGACACGUCGCUGGCGCAGGACCAGGCGGCGCUGGGGGUGGACACGCACUUCACGUACUCGACCGACAUGGUGGGCCAGGCGCGCAUGUGGCUGCAGGCGGUGCGGCUGCAGUUCUUCCGGCGCACGCUGCAGGGGUGGCGCAUCCCGACGACCAGCCCGAUGAGCGUCAACCAGGCGUUCCUGCUGGCGACGCGGGCGGGCGGGCUGGCGCUGCGCAGGGACGACGUGGGGGUGCUGCGCGAGGGCGCAAAGGCCGACGUCGUCGUCUUCGACGGCUCGUCGCCCAACAUGCUCGGAUGGGUCGAUCCCGUCGCCGCCGUCAUCCUGCACUCGCACGUCGGCGACGUGCAGCACGUGCUCGUCGACGGCCAGUGGCGGAAGCGCGACGGCCGGCUGGUGCUGCCGGCGGGCCAGAACAGGACGGACAUCGAGCGCAGGUUCCUGCAAAGCGCGAGGAGGAUCCAGAAGGUGUGGCUGGACACGCCGCUGCCGCAGCUCGAGGGCGAGUACCAGAACGGCGUCGAGUAUGCGAAGACUUAUCAGAUGGACGUGGUGAGGGGGAACGGCACCGGGUAUUAG